AUGGAUCGGCUGCAGCAGUGGCAGACACAAUGGAAGGAUUUGCCGCAACCGCGUAAAAUUAAAGCCUUGCGGUUCGUCGUCUUUGGGUGCUACGCCUUCGCACUAUUUUUUCUUGUCAUCUACGCCUUUGGAGGAACCAAAAAACGGGUUAGCGAGCCUGCGCGUGUGGUGGUGUUUAUGGAAACCACACCGGGUGCUCUCAUGGCGCUACGAUACCUUGCGAAGCGUGCGGAUGUGUCGAUUGCCAUGAUUGUACUGACGGUGAAUGCGUGGAACGCCAACCUCAACGCCGCCUACGACAACACCGCCGCGUUUCUUGCCAUGCUAAAAGGGGAAGCGGUCUUGAAGUACGAUGUCCCGGUGUACUAUGGCAGCAGUGUGGCGCAGGUGAAUGCCAGAUUUAACGAUGAAAUUAUGUUUCCCGUAAACGGCGGCGAAGCGCCAAACACAACCGCCUGUACAUAUCGCCGUGUAAUUGGGCCGGGUCUUUCGUUGGCGGCUGACUCCUUGUUUGGUGCGUCUGAGUUGCUCGAUGGAGUGCCUCUGUUUGUCCCAGGAAGUGGCCACGGUGAUGGCGAUGACGAUGGCGAUAGCCUUCUUGGACAGUACGAAUUUUUCAACACCCCGCUAUCGAGGUAUUUAUCAGAUCACGCCGCGGCGUUUUUGGUGCUUGGACCCGCGACGGAUGCUGCGUCGUUUCUGCAGCAGCAGCAUCCGAAGAUUCGUGCAAAGGUGAAUCAUAUUUUUCUCGCUGGUGGUGCUUUAAAGGUGAAGGGCGACACGUGUCUGGUGUAUCCACCAAACUGGCGCUCUGAGCAACAUACCUUCUUUGACCCCCUUGCGGCAAAUUACAUAGUGAGCGGUGCGCAUGGUCGGCCGGUGGAUCUUCUGCCCUUGGACGCCCUUCCACAGUGGCCAACUUCAUUGUAUGCGGCUCUCAUCACCUCGCGCGUUGACCCAUCAACAACAUCAUCCUCAUUGGUGGACGCUUCUGCGCGGGUGGUGGCGCGUGCUUUCAUAGGCUACAGCAAGCAGUUUGGCAUAGAUAAGUUGAUGCCUGUUGAGGUGUUGGCGGCACCAUACUUUGCCGAUGCCGUGACACGAGGCGGGGCAACUGUCGCCGAGAUGUCUUUGCUGGUAGCCAAUGGUUUCACCAUGUCUACGGACGGUCUCAUUGGCGCGCCAAGCAGCGUGCAGCCGCAGAAAAAAUCAUUUAGAGUAAAGGUUGUUUUGCACCUUAACGAAAGGAUGUUCUGGUCCCGUCUUGAGGCCGUGGACAGGCUGAGGAUUUAG